AUGGUCACAAUUAUAAUGAAGACGACGGAGGACAAGGCCUUAUCGAGCUCUCUCCCGGUGAAUAUUCCGGAGAACAUGUUUCGUAGGUACGUUGAGAAAGAGGAGGAACAUUUUGACGGUGGAGAAGAGAUAGUGCCGCCGCAUAUUAUGGUCGGACGGAGGAUCCAAGGAGGAGGACAAAUGGCGUUUUCCGUUUGUUCAGGUAGUGGAAGGACUCUUAAGGGAAGAGAUCUGAGACGGGUUCGUAAUUCGGUUCUUAGGUUAACCGGUUUUUUGGAGGCUUGAAUCGUUACCGGUUUGCCAUUUUCUAUCAUAAUUUCUCGUUUUUUUUUUGUUUUUGCAUAUUACGGAAAAUUCCAGUGUUCCCGUGUUGUUUUUAUCUUUAAGUAAAGGUGGGGAAAAUGUGAAACAAAUAUUUAUUUAUCCCCUUCGUUCCUAUUUUUUUCAUAUUCUUUAAAUUUUCCCUAAGUUGUAAUAGGAAACAUAAGAAAAUUU